AUGUCCUUACCACCCGAUGUCAACGACCACAGCGACUGGACAGUCAUUUACAAUGAUGACAAUGGCAAGAAACAAGACCAAUUGUCUCACAACAGAAAAACCCUCGCAAGAACAUUGUCAAUCCCCAAAACUAUGUGCAUUCUGUCCGACACCAAAACUGAGAUAUCAACGGUAGCCGAGCUGCCCUCACCAAAGCUGAAGCUACCCCAACUGGGCCAUGAUUCAGCCGAAAGAAUCUUUCCAGUUCGCUCAGCCCUUUCCUUUGAUUCGACCCCUUCGUCCGCACUGCCGACCCCUUCUAUUGAGAAGCACGAAACACCAAUAUCACCCUUCUCGGAUACAUGGACCGGCAACUUCGGCAACGAAAAUGCUAAUUUCCAGCCGACAAUUGCUGCAGUAAAGGAAAGCAUUGGCCAGGAAGCCCUUAAGCGACCGGAUUCUCUUGCCAAGCUGCAUAAAAGCAGCAAUUGUGAGACUGGUUAUUCAUCAGCAUCCAAGAAACAAGAUCAAGAAGACGAGCAUUCACUAGAUGAUCCGACUAUACCUCAUACCUCCAAAGAUAACAUACCGAGCGCCAAUAUCCUGAGACAAAUACAAAACACCGUGGAAAGCGGUGGCGAUGUACUUGGUGCUUACAGACCGACAAAUGGGCUACAAUAUUCAAAGCAAGAUGAAGAAGCCAUUGCCAUCCAGUCAUUUGGCGCACUCAUCGUGCUGGCAGAGUUGAAUGGAAAGUUCGAGGUGCAAAUAGCCAGCAACAACUCCUCCAAAAUCAUUGGAUAUUCGCCAGACGAGCUUUUUGAACUCGAUUCAUUUUGCGAUAUCUUGUCUACUUCGCACAUUGAUACUUUCCUCGAUCAUGUCAACUUCGUUUUGGAUGACCAGUAUGAAAUUGUGGAACAUGGGCCAGAGGUUUUCUUGAUGACCUUUUUUCUUCGUGAAAGGCUCAGCCAAAGUGUGUGGUGUACUAUGCAUACCAGCAAAGCAUAUAAAUCCUAUGUCAUCUGCGAGAUUCAACCCACCAUGGCUUCCGGCUCCAUUACAAAAGCAACCCAAAGAGUCCAAAAGCUCGAGAGACAUGCACAAACAUCGGAAGCAAGCUGUACAGAUCUCGCCCCUCAUGGGGAUCCGAGGAACCUUGCUAUCCCAAAGGAGGAUGGUCGCUCAACCGAAAUCAACGUCACAGACCCCUCGGAGGCUCUCAAUGCCAUUCCUCGCAUUCUGCAGCAUCUGGCCAAGUCUCAGACGGUAGAAACACUUGUUCAGAAUACCGUCGCCACCUUGCAAAAGCUUACACAAUUUUCACGAACUACCAUAUUUCAUUUCGAAGACGAUUGCAAUGGAACAGUCGUUGCCGAUGCUUUUGACUCCUCACUGGGUUUGACUUCAUUUACGGGCACCUCAUUCCCCGAGUCAACGUUCCCUGAGCCAUUGAGGAAACGAUAUAUGCGGAAUACUGUUUGCCUCUCUUACGCCAGAACCAACAAAUCUGCAGAGCUUGUCUACCGCGCCUCCACAAAUAAGCAUGCACUUGAUAUGUCGCAUACCUAUCUCUCUGCGGCACCAACAUCCCUGAAGCCGAGUUCCGGUCCUCCUGUCAAAGCUUGUCUGUCGAUUGGAAUCAAUGUUUCCGGAAAGCUUUGGGGAUUGAUAUCAUGUCAGUCAUACGAGACAGACAAAACACUGCACCCAAUCGUUCAGAAAGUAUGCUGGUUCGUGGCAGAAGCGGCUUCAAACAACAUUCAGCGUCUAUCUUCUACUCUUCCCAUUGCAUUGAAAGAACCACACAUAUCUUCAACUAAUAAAAACAGACCCCAAGCUGCCAGUACCCCGUCAGGUGAUCUGCUCAGUCUAUUUAGGGCGGACUACGCUGCGGCAUCUAUCAUGGGAGAGAGCAAGAUAUUAGGCAGACCGGUCGAUUCUCAAGAAGUGUUAGCAGUACUGGAAUACAUGAAAGCCAAAGAGAUUGAUACGGUACUCUCAUCGACAAAUAUCGCAUCCGACUUCCAGGACCUAAAUUACUACCGUGGCUUUCAUUGUAUAUCUGGUCUGUUGUAUGUUCCACUUUCAGUGGAUGGGCAUGAUUUCAUCAUGUUCUUUCGGGCUGAUUUGGGAUGUAACACGCCCCGUAACCAUGAGAAUGAAUCAAUAUGGUCUGCAGCAGAGUUCGAAAAGGCUUCUUCGCUGUCGUUGCUAUACCGAAGUUUCAGUGAGAUCUGGCAAGAAAAGGAGGCGGCAAUGCAGAACAACCAGCUGAUGAGGCUACUGCUUGCCAACUCAGCACACGAGUUCAGGACACCUCUCAACGCUAUAAUAAACUACUUGGAGAUUGUCCUUGAUGGAACCCUGGACCAAGAAACACGAGACCACAUUUCCAGAUCUCAUUCAGCUUCCAAGUCAUUGGUCUAUAUCAUCAAUGAUCUGUUAGACCUGACGAACGCCGAAAAUGGACAGCGGUUGAUAAAAGACGAGAUAUUCAAUCUACCCGAGACUCUCACGGAGGCAACGGACAUCUUCUGGGAAGAGGCAAGACAAAAGCACGUCGACCUGCAGGUUGUACAACACGCAGCACUGCCACCUGUCCUCGGAGACCAGCGACGAGUCCGUCAGGUCAUCACCAACUUGAUCAGCAAUGCUAUCCAGCAUACUGCAUCAGGCGCACUCACCAUCGAGUCCUGUGUUGUUCCUGAGGACGUGGAUCCCGAUCAUAUAUCAGUCGAGGUUGCGAUCCAUGAUACUGGGUCUGGUAUGUCCCAAGAGAUCGUUGAAACAUUGUUCUGUGAGCUGGAACAAGUCUCCAAUAAGGGAUAUAUGAAGACACCAAAGUCGUAUGGAUGCACACCCAGUGACACACCAGUGGAAAUAGAAAGCGUACUUGGACUCGGUCUCGCACUGGUUGCUCGGAUUGUGCGCAACAUGAACGGGCAGCUAAGCCUAAGAUCUGAAGAAGGCAAAGGGAGUUGUUUCAAGAUCAGACUCAAGUUCCCACUUCCAGCGGACAAAUCGGACGAUCAAGCUACCUCUUUUACUUCAGCUAAUUCUCAGCCAAGACAGAAAGAAGAAAAAGAAGAAGAAACAUCGAAGUCAUGCACAAUCAACCAGAAAGAUGGAAUCCCGUGUGAAUGUGGCACCACACCUGAAUUCACAGGAGGAUCUGUCCUAGAUGUCGACGUCUGCCUAAAAACAGGAGAAUCAAAAAAAUUCUCACUUUCACGCCCAGAGUUGGAAACAAGCAAAGCGCCACAGGAAUGGCAUCGCAAGACCUCCUCCCCUCUCUCAACGCCACCACAUUCCCCGGAGGUAUCGAAGCCACCAGCCACCGCGUCACCACGCAACAAAACCCAAAGCUUCGACCAGAACAACUCCGCCAUGGAUGCCACGCUCCACGUUCUGGUCGCUGAAGACGACCCGAUCAAUAGUACAAUCCUGCGAAAGCGUCUGGAGAAGUUCGGCCAUACGAUCGAUAUGACAGCUAACGGCAAGGAAUGCGCUUCUGUCUACAAGAGCAACCCUAAACUUUACAGUGCCAUCCUGAUGGAUCUGCAGAUGCCCAUUGUGGACGGCCUGAGCGCCACGAAGAUGAUCCGUGAACAUGAACAGGCGAUGGCUUCUUCUGGCUUGCCUGAGACUCGUGUUCCUAUCUUUGCAGUCUCGGCUUCUCUUCUGGAGAAAGACCGUGAAAUGUAUGUUCAGUCUGGGUUCGAUGGGUGGGAUUAA